AUGCCCCGCCAGACUCGCUCGUCCCGCCCUACCGCUCGCCCCGCCGCGUCGCACGCCGGCCCAUCGACCCAGACCCGCCAGGCUUCGACCAUGGCCGCUCCUCCUCCCACCCACGCUCCUCACCACGCCGCUCCCCCCGUCGCCCAUGCCCCCGCCGCACCGACUUCCGCCGGCCCCGGCUUGUUCGGACAGAUGGCUUCGACCGCUGCCGGUGUCGCCGUCGGUUCGACCGUCGGCCACGGCUUGAGCAGCAUGCUCUUUGGUGGCGGAGGCUCGUCCGCGCCCGCUGAGGCGCCCGCCGCGCCCGUCGAGCAGCAGACGUACCAGCAGGCGCGGAUGGGUGGCGCUUGCGAGGUCCAGGCUAAGGACUUUGUCUCGUGCCUCAACGCGACCGGCAACGACACCCAGUCGUGCCAGUACUACCUCGACAUGCUCAAGCAGUGCCAGGCCGCCGCCGCUCCUUACUAG